AAAACCGGAAGCGGAAGUACAACCGGAAGCACUCCUUUGGUGGCUAGGUUCCUUUUGCAAGGCGCUUUAGCGGUGUUUUUUUUUGUUUGUUUGUUUUUUUGGGUGGUGGGGGAAGAACGGCCGGCCCCCUCCCUUGCGAGGAGGAUGCUCUUGGCCUCGCGCGGGUGGGGGCGGCACCUCCGGGUGGUCUGGCUGCUCGCUUUCCUUGCGGCAGCAGAAACAGACGAAACUUCUGACCUGCUAUCAGAAGAGCUGAGUGAAACUUCCUCACCAUUAAAUCUGGAAAGCAGCUCUGUCCAUUCAGGCAGUAAUGGACACAGAGAAUCGGUACAGUAUAGGACUGCAGAAAUUGCUGAUGCCAUGAUGAGUGGUAGCCGCCUUGCGGACCAUCAUGUUGUAUUGUCGGUUAUUCCAAGCGCCACAAAGGAGACACAUCUCUCUGAAGCAGACACUGGUACUUGUGAUGCAUCAGCAGAUGGUGAAUGCCUUACGAAUAACAUGGCGUCUGUAUCUCAGCAAGGAUCUCAUGCACAAGAGCCAAUAGUACAUCCAGCAGUAGUGCUGGAAGCAGUGCAUCCUUCAUCAGCAGAGGACUCAAAUAACACAGAUGGUAUGAAAACCCCAAAAGUGAACUGUGAAGAAAGAAACAUUACAGGAAUGACAAAUUUCACAUUACAGAUUUUGAAUGUUUCCCAAGAUUUAAUGGAAUUUUUAAAUCCAAAUGGCAGUGACUGCACUUUGGUCUUAUUUUAUACCCCUUGGUGUCGUUUUUCUGCCAAUUUGGCUCCUCAUUUUAAUUGUCUGCCACGAGUGUUCCCAACACUACAUUUCUUGGCCUUGGAUGCCUCCCAACAUAGCAGUUUAUCAACUCGGUUUGGAACUGUGGCUGUUCCUAAUAUCCUCCUUUUUCAAGGUGCUAAGCCAAUGGCAAGAUUUAACCAUACAGAUAGAACUCUGGAAACACUGAAAGCAUUUAUUUUUAAUCAGACUGGUAUACAACCUAAAUCUGAUGUGAUGGUGAGCAUGGAAGAUCAUGUUGGUCCCCUGCCUAGCACACAGAGUAAAGGAAUAGAUUGGCUCCUCUUAUUUUCUUUAUUGUUUCUUAUCAGCUUCAUCAUGUAUGCUACUAUUCGGACAGAGAGCAUCCGCUGGUUAAUACCUGGUCAUGAUCAGGAGCAUCAGGAAUGAUAUGUGAUUUGAGUACUAUCUGCUUUCAGAAUAAGUUGAUAAACUAGUGAAUUCCUCAAUGUCUUAUGAACUCAAGUCCUGUUAAGUUUAU